AUGUAUUUCUGGGUUAAAACCUGUGCAAUUGCCGAUCCUAAACUCAAAACUACCGAGGAGGAUGUAAGUUCGGAGGCAGCAAACACUGAUGGAGAUGAUGUGAAAAUCAAGUUCUAUCUAACCAUGUUCCUUCUCCUUCUUCUAUCUCCCCUGUCUGUAUAUUUUGUAAAUGCUGGAGUCAUGAAAUCGUGCCGAGCAGAACCAAAGCUUCCGUUUUGGAUGGUUAUUAUCGGAUCUUGUCUUCUUUUUGAGAUAAUUGCCUGUGCCUUUAUUGGUUACAGAAAUUUCCUGAACCAUCGGAAUAAUUCCAAAUGUCCAUCUGAAGGUGCAAAUGGAUAUCGUCCAGCUUUCCUGAUCAUUUUACGAAUAUCAGUCAGACUUUCGAUUUUCGGAUUAUCAAUCGUCGGUUUUCUCUGGAGUUGCUCCGUAGUUUCUCAAGAAAGCGACUGCUCUGAUUUCAUUAUUUGGCCGAGUUUUAUACUCUCAUUUAUGAUUCUCUUAUUAUCUACUUUUACUUUUAUCUACUACUCAUGUGUGUUAUGUUUUUUAUACGGUUUUCAGGGGUUGUCAUGUAGGCCGCCUGGAAUGCUAUCUCCUCACUUCGAUGCUCUCCGUGAUCCUGAAAAAAUUACGAUUUUCCGUGUUUUUUUAGUGAAAUAUUUUUUUCCUGAAUACCGCCAAUAA